AUGAUGAACUCCCACUCCCUUCGGUCCGCUUCCGCUUUCGCGCGCCGGUCCCUGGCGACCCCUCCUCCGUCGAUUGCCCCUCUCUCUUCUUCUUCUCGUCUUCUCUCUUCAACUUCCUUUACUUCUUCUACUUCUUCUCCUCAGAGAUCCUUCUCCUCUGCCCUCCGUCUUCCUCGCACUACCCGUAUCGCUGCGUCUUCCCGCUGGUCCGGAUCGACUCCUACUCUAUACCUCUCUCAAUCCCGCAACAUGGCUACCGAAGGCCCCAAGAUCAAGGUCAAGAACCCAGUGGUGGAGCUGGAUGGUGAUGAGAUGACCCGUAUUAUCUGGCAAGAGAUCAGGGAAAAGUUGAUUCUGCCUUACCUCGACAUUGAUCUCAAGUACUACGACUUGGGUCUCGAGUACCGUGACCAGACCGAUGACCAGGUCACCGUUGAUGCCGCCGAGGCUAUCAAGAAGUACGGUGUCGGUGUCAAGUGCGCCACCAUCACCCCCGAUGAGGCCCGUGUUGAGGAGUUCAAGCUGAAGAAGAUGUGGCUGUCCCCCAACGGUACUAUCCGUAACAUCCUCGGCGGUACCGUCUUCCGUGAGCCCAUCGUCAUUGACCGCAUCCCCCGUCUGGUGCCUGGCUGGAGCAAGCCCAUCGUCAUUGGCCGUCACGCUUUCGGUGACCAGUACCGUGCCCAGGACCGUGUCAUCCCCGGCCCCGGUAAGCUUGAGCUCGUCUACACCCCUGCCGGUGGUGAGCCCGAGCGCGUUCAGGUCUACGACUUCCAGAGCGGCGGUGGUGUUGCUCAGUGCCAGUACAACACCGAUGAGUCCAUCCGCGGCUUCGCCCACGCCUCUUUCCAGAUGGCCCUCAUGAAGGGUCUCCCUCUGUACAUGAGCACCAAGAACACUAUCCUCAAGCGCUACGAUGGUCGCUUCAAGGAUAUCUUCCAGGAGAUCUUCGAGCAGGACUACAAGAAGGACUUUGAUGCCAAGAACAUCUGGUACGAGCACCGUCUGAUCGACGACAUGGUCGCCCAGAUGAUCAAGUCCGAGGGUGGCUUCGUCAUGGCCCUCAAGAACUACGACGGUGACGUCCAGUCCGACAUUGUCGCCCAGGGCUUCGGUUCCCUCGGCCUGAUGACCUCCACCCUGGUCACCCCCACCGGCGAGGCCUUCGAGUCCGAGGCUGCCCACGGCACCGUCACCCGUCACUACCGCGAGCACCAGAAGGGCCGCGAGACCUCCACCAACCCCAUCGCCUCCAUCUUCGCCUGGACCCGCGGUCUGAUCCAGCGUGGCAAGCUCGACGAGACCCCCGACGUCGUUGCCUUCGCUGAGGAGCUCGAGCGCGCUUGCAUUGAGGUCGUCAACGACGAGGGUAUCAUGACCAAGGAUCUUGCUCUCGCUUGCGGCCGCAAGGAGCGCGAGGCCUGGGUUACUACCAACGAGUACAUGGCUGCCGUUGAGCGGCGCCUGAAGGCCAACAUCAAGUCCCGUCUGUAG